UAGUGCUGCUGUACAGAACAUUUGGUGUCAUCUUCCUAGGUAGCAUCCCUUAUAUAUACUUGCUUCCUCCACAGUCCUAACGUUGUUUUGUAGCCGUUGUCUCUCUUCAAAGUAGCAAAACCAAAAACACUGUAACCUCGUCAACCACCUUCAAGAACACAAUGACUGCUGCUUCUUUGAUGUUCUCAUGCUCCACGCCUGUGGGAGUUUCUCAUCCCAAAAUGGCUGCAAAGUCACUUGCAUGGAGUCCUUUGAAGUCAGUUUCAUGUGGGGUUUUUGAAAGAUCGAAGGUUUUGCACAAAGGUGAUGAUGGGAUUAUGUGCAAGGCACAGGCUAUUCAUGUUGAGAGUGCACCCCUUUCAUUCUCAAGUGGGCAGAAGUUUCAACUUGAUGAUGUGAUUGAAGCUCAGCAGUUUGAUAGGGAUACUCUCAGUGCCAUAUUUGAAAUUGCAAAGAGUAUGGAGAGUAUAAAGCACAACUCAUCUGGGAGCCAAAUGCUGAAGGGGUACCUCAUGGCUACCUUGUUCUAUGAACCUUCAACUAGAACUAGGCUUUCAUUUGAGUCUGCUAUGAAAAGAUUAGGUGGGGAUGUUCUGACAACUGAAAAUGCUAGGGAGUUUUCAUCUGCUGCCAAAGGAGAGACUCUUGAAGAUACUAUAAGAACGGUUGAAGGGUACUCUGAUAUAAUUGUGAUGCGGCACUUUGAAAGUGGUGCUGCCAAAAGAGCGGCCGCAACUGCUAACAUUCCCGUAAUCAAUGCAGGAGAUGGCCCUGGACAGCAUCCCAGUCAGGCACUGCUAGAUGUCUAUACCAUUGAAAGAGAGAUAGGAAAACUGGACGGAAUUAGAGUUGGGCUUGUGGGAGACCUAGCUAAUGGGAGGACAGUUCGCUCACUCGCAUACUUACUUGCCAAGUACCAGGAUGUGAAACUUUAUUUUGUCUCUCCUAAUGUGGUCAAAAUGAAGGAUGAUAUAAAAGAGUACCUAACAUCAAAGGGAGUUGAGUGGGAAGAAAGUGCUGACUUGAUGGAAGUGGCUUCUAAGUGCGACGUAGUUUAUCAAACUCGCAUUCAGAAAGAAAGGUUUGAAGGGAAAAUUGAUCUUUAUGAACAGGCAAGAGGCAAGUAUAUUGUGAAUCAGGAUGUUCUAAAUGUGAUGCAAAAACAUGCUGUGGUUAUGCACCCUCUUCCAAGACUAGAUGAAAUUGAAGUUAAUGUUGAUGAUGAUCCAAGAGCUGCGUACUUUAGGCAGGCAAAGAAUGGUUUAUAUAUUAGGAUGGCUCUGUUGAAGGUUUUGCUUCUUGGUUGGUGAAGGCGCAUUCACUUUCCAAGUGAGUGAGAUGAUCUAAUCUCACAUUGUUUGAGUUGUUAUCUUCCUUUCCUUUCCUUGUUUUUGUCUAUUGGUGUCACAGUCUCACAGAUUUAGUGAGAGUGAGAGAGAGAGAGAGCGGAGGUUUUCUUUUUUUAACUUUAGUAAAAUUAUCUUUGAAGUUCAAGGCUUUGUUUUUUGUGUGUCUUUCUCUGAGCAUGCAAUGUUCUCUAACUUAGAACAUGAGCUAAGCCUAAAUUAUUAUUACUAUUAUAACGUGGACUAAACUAGAGAUCCAUAUCCUUAGAAA